UGAUAAAAAAAGAAAAAAUCAAAAUAAGUAGAUUUUGAAAGUUUGGUCAAAUUGAUACACAAAACUUCUUGAGUACCCUCAAAUCCAUUUUUCUUCAAUAAGGACCAUCCAUUACUAUUAAUCUAUCGAGUUGCAUACUCUUUCUUUUCUCUCUCCAAAGCAUUUCUAAUUUCUCAAGAUUAUCAUCUCUUAUUCUUGUUACACAAAACUAUAGAGCUAGUGUAUUAAGAAUUUGUAGUACUAAUUUAAGAAUUUGAAGUAGUACUAUUAUUCUCCAAUAUGUCUGAUAACCCUUUUUAUCAUGAUUACAUGGGAACUAGUGGAGGGAUCAAUACAUUUCCUUUUUUUGGUGAAAAUCCCUCAAAUUAUCAUGACCAACCAAUUAUUCCAAAUAUUCAAAAUCCAAAUCAUGAGCAUCAGUUCGUACCUUCUUCUUAUAUGACUCUCACUGAGUGUUUACAUGGCUCUAUGGACUACAAUACUCUAUCAAGUGUUUUUGGCAUGUCUUGCUCAUCAUCAUCCGAAGUUGUUUGUCCACAUAUCGAUAAUCAAGGCUCUACUAGAAAAAGUAGCGUCUCUGCUACUGCUGAACCCAUCUUAGAUUCGCCUAUGGGAGAUCAAACGAGCGUUGAAGUCCCACCAACGCCAAAUUCUUCGAUAUCUUCUACUUCUAAUGAGGCUGGAGGGCAAGAAGAUUCUUCCAAAAUCAAGAAACACAUGCAGAAUAAAGAUGGUCAAGAAGGAAGAGAUGACAAAUCAAAGAAAGAGUGCAAAGCAACAAAGAAAGGAGAAAAAAAGGUAAAAGAACCAAGAUUUGCCUUCAUGACAAAAAGUGAGAUUGACAAUCUUGAAGAUGGUUAUAGAUGGAGAAAAUAUGGACAAAAAGCAGUGAAGAACAGCCCUUUCCCCAGGAACUAUUACAGAUGCACAACUCAAAAGUGCAGUGUGAAGAAACGUGUGGAAAGGUCAUAUGAAGAUGCAUCAAUUGUGAUAACUACAUAUGAAGGCCAGCACAAUCAUCAUUGUCCAGCAGCCCUUAGGGGAAAUGCAUCCUUCUUAUCUUCACCACAUUUUAUGCCUAGUUUUCCUCCACAACUAUUUUCCCAAAUGCUAAUUCCACCAACAAGCAACCAAAAUCUCCUCAUUACUUCUGAAGCCUAUAAUAAUAUUAAUAAUAACAAUUAUCAUCAACAAAACCAAGGUUCAGAAUACAACCUAUUUGGUGGAGGCACAAAUGAUGCAUCAUGGAUCCAGAAACAAGAGCCAUCCUAGCUCACUACAAGAAAUGAGCUUUUCGUGGCGAUUGGCUCAUAAAGGUUGCAAACAGAAAGUGGUGCACUUUUAGUGGCGAUCCUGAUCGUUAGCGCAGAAAGUAACAGUUGCACAUCCGGCAAGCUAGGAAGACAAACAAAGGCAUAAAUUAGAUUCUCUCAACUUACUCUCCUUCUCUGAACUGUUCAAAGAGAAUCAAGAUUGGCUUAGUCGAAUUUUGUCAGGCAAUUAUCUUCUCCAGUGACAACUACACUAUUGCCACAAAUUUGUACGAACUUCUCUUUUCCUCUAAGAAAAAGAAAUUCAUAUUCUUGUAGUAUAGACUAUUUUUA